AUGUUAUCUCGAUUGUGUUUAUUAUUUCUUUUUGCCUCUGCAACGACGACGACGACGAUAUCGAAUUCUGUUGCAGGCAACAAGAUUGAAAUAGAAUCUGCUGACAAAACUGUUUCGCCACACCACCAACGGUUCAUACGAUCAUUAAUCGGAGGAGUAUCAUCAGGUGGCGGCGUCGGCGGUGGAGGAUUUGGAUUCAGUGCAAUUGGAGGAGGAAUAGGAGCUCCAUAUGUAAACAAUGUUCCAGUAAUAUCAUCUGUGCCGGUAGUGCAAACAUUUCAAACCGUUCAGAAUGUUCCAGUAGUGUCUAAUAUACAAACUGUUGGAUAUGCAAAUAAUUAUGGUUAUGGUGGAGGAAAUUACGGUGGCGUUGGUGGAGGCUUCGGAGGAGGAGGACUAGGUGGUGGAAUAGUUGGUGCAGGAGUUGGAUUUGGUGGAUUCAAACAAAGGGGACACUAUAGGGAAAGCUAUCGAUAUAAAUCCAGAGGUGGAUUUGGUGGAGCUGGAUUAUUUGGAGGAGCUGGCUUUAUUGGAUAA